CUCUCUGUUCAUCUCUUUCUCUCUCUCCGAAGCAAGAGGAGGAAGAACAAGGGGAAGGAAGAGGAGGAGGAGAGCUCCUUGAUCAUGGUGAUGAUGGAUGGCAGCUUGGACGCGGAGAAGAUCGCGGCGUAUUUCAAGGGCAAGAGCAUCCUCGUCACCGGCGCCACCGGCUUCCUCGGAAAGAUUCUUGUGGAGAAGAUACUCCGGGUGCAGCCUGACGUGAGGAAGAUCUACCUGCUCGUGCGCGCCAUCGACGCCGACUCCGCCAAGCAACGCGUCGAAGCAGAGGUGACAGACGCCGAGCUCUUCUGUCUCCUGAGAGAGAAGCAUGGCAAAGGAGGAUUCGAGCUGUUUGUGGAUGAGAAGAUUGUCCCUUUAGCAGGUGAUGUCAUUUUCGAGAACAUGGGGCUAGAUGCUCCCAUGUUGGAGGAACUAGCUAAGGAGGUGGACAUCAUCGUUAAUGGAGCCGCAACCACCAACUUCUACGAAAGAUAUGAUGUUGCAUUGGAUGUGAAUGUUAUGGGGGUGAAAUACUUGUGCCAGUUCGCCAAGAAGUGUGCCAAUCUCAAGAUGCUCCUCCAUGUUUCCACCGCGUUUGCAGCGGGCGACAGGGAAGGGCUGAUCAUGGAGAAGCCGUUCAAGAAGGGGGAGACUCUGAAGGAAGGCACGUAUCUGGACAUCGAUGCCGAGCUGCGUCUCGUCGGCGACGUCAAGAAGGAGCUGCUGCAUGACGGCUCCGGCGACCACGACAAGACGGAGCGGAAGGCCAUGAAGGAGCUGGGCCUGCAGCGGUCCCGGCACUUCGGGUGGUCCAACACGUACGUGUUCACCAAGGCCAUGGGCGAGAUGAUGCUGGGGCAGCUCCACGGCGCCAUCCCGGCGGUGAUCCUGCGGCCCAGCAUCAUCACCAGCAUCUUCAGGGACCCGGUCCCCGGGUGGAUGCAGGGGACGAGGACGAUCGACUCCAUCAUCAUCGGCUACGCCAAGCAGAACCUGUCAUGCUUCCUGGCGGACCUGGAGCUGACCAUGGACGUCAUCCCGGGUGACAUGGUGGCCAACGCCAUGAUGGCGGCCAUGGUGGCGCACUCCGGGGAGGAAGGCGCGGAGGUGAUGUACCACACCACCUCGUCGCUGCGCAACCCGGCGCCCUACGGCGUGCUCUACGAGUCUGGGCGCCGCCACUUCUACGAGAACCCGCGGCUCGGCAAGGACGGCAGGGUCAUCCCCACCAAGGAGAUGCACUUCUUCAAGACCAUCGCCAGCUUCCACCUCUACAUGCUCGUCAAGUACAAGCUCCCGCUCGAGAUCCUGCACCUGGUGAACCUGCUCCUCUGCGGGCUCUUCUCGCAGCUCUACGAGGAUCUCAACCGGAAGUACAAGUUCGUCGUCCAUCUCGUCGACGUCUACGGGCCAUUUGCCUUCUUCAGAGGAUGCUUCGACGACAUGAACUUGGAGCGGCUGAGGUUGACAAUGGCAGCGGCCAGCCCCGAGGAAGACUUGUUCAAUUUUGAUCCCAAGACCAUCGACUGGAAAGAGUACUUCUACAAGAUCCACAUUCCUGGUAUCCUCAAGUAUGUGCUCAAGUAAAGCUGCAGCAGUUUUUCCUCUACACGUUAUGUCACAGUUACAACUUAUUUUAUCCACAAGAGCGGAAAGCCCACGUCCCACGUCCCACACAUAAAGUCUAUUUGUUCUUCUUAUAUUGGAAUUGUGAUAAAGGGAAGAAGAUGUCCGCUAGACUGUUGGAUUAUUGUACCAGAAAAGCACCACAUCUUGAUCAAUGAUAGAGUGUGCAUUCUGGUGUUGUAUGUUCAGGUUUUGUGUAAUUUGGUCAUGUAGUAAAAAUGAUAUGUAAUAACAAUCUCUAUGUAUCAAGGUCAAGUGUAAUCAUGUGUGCCAAUGAGGGCUUAAAACAGGGAUGCUGUUCCGUACUAGUGUCAAUUCAUGUUCAGUUCA